CGUCGGUGGUGAGGUUCCCAGAAGAAUCCAUCAGGGAGCAUCCUGGCUGGGAGGGAGGAAACGGCCUGUUCCCUGGUGGGACUUCCUCUCUCACGGCUGUAUGCUCCAGGCCUCAAUGAGGAACUCAAACAUGGAGACAUUCAAGCAACAGAAGGUGGAGGACUUUUACGACAUUGGAGAGGAGCUGGGGAGCGGCCAGUUUGCCAUUGUGAAGAAGUGCCGAGAGAAGAGCACGGGGCUGGAGUAUGCGGCCAAGUUCAUCAAAAAGCGUCAGAGUCGGGCCAGCCGGCGGGGCGUGUGCCGGGAGGAGAUUGAGCGGGAGGUGAGCAUCCUGCGGCAGGUGCUUCACCCGAACGUCAUCACACUGCACGACGUCUUCGAGAACCGCACCGAUGUGGUGCUCAUCCUUGAACUGGUGUCAGGAGGAGAGCUCUUCGACUUCCUGGCCCAGAAGGAGUCUCUGAGUGAGGAGGAGGCCACCAGCUUCAUCAAGCAGAUCCUGGACGGGGUGAACUACCUUCAUGCCAAGAAAAUUGCUCACUUUGAUCUCAAGAUUUCUCCUCCUGAGCCUCGGUGCCCAUCGAAAGAUGAAUGGAUAAAGAAGCUGUGGUCUAUGUAUACAAUGGAAUAUUCCUCAGCCAUUAGAAACGACAAAUACCCACCAUUUGCUUCAACAUGGAUGGAACUGGAGGGUAUGAUGCUGAGUGAACCAGAAAACAUUAUGUUGUUAGACAAGAAUAUUCCCAUUCCACACAUCAAGCUGAUUGACUUUGGCCUGGCUCAUGAAAUAGAAGAUGGAGUUGAAUUUAAGAACAUUUUUGGGACUCCAGAAUUUGUUGCUCCAGAAAUUGUGAACUACGAGCCCCUGGGACUGGAGGCUGACAUGUGGAGCAUAGGCGUCAUCACCUACAUCCUCCUAAGUGGAGCAUCCCCUUUCCUGGGAGACACGAAGCAGGAAACACUAGCAAAUAUCACAGCAGUGAGUUACGACUUUGAUGAAGAAUUCUUCAGCCAGACCAGUGAGCUGGCCAAGGACUUCAUUCGGAAGCUUCUGGUUAAAGAGACUCGGAAACGACUCACAAUCCAAGAGGCUCUCAGACACCCCUGGAUCACGCCGGUGGACAACCAGCAAGCCCUGGUCCGCAGGGAGUCUGUGGUCAACCUGGAGAAUUUCAAGAAGCAGUAUGUCCGCAGGCGAUGGAAGCUCUCCUUCAGCAUCGUCUCCUUGUGUAACCACCUCACCCGCUCCCUGAUGAAGAAGGUGCACCUGAGGCCAGAUGGGGACCUGAGGAAUUGUGAGAGUGACACAGAGGAGGACAUUGCCAAGAGGAAAGCUCUCCACUCCCGGAGGAGGAGCAGUACCUCCUAGUGGGCCUGGAUCUCUCUGUGAAGACUCCAGGUCCCCACUCAUCACCAGCACCCAGGCAUUUCUGCAUCCAUGAACACUUUGCAAGACAGAUGUGCCUGUAGGAUUCAGAAGAAUUUACAGAGGAACAAGGAGCCCCCGGGAGCUCUGGUCAUCUCCUAUGGAGGAGGCCUCUACCUUCCCAAAGCUCUUAUUCUCAUAAAACAGGCUUUCACCUGUCUGCCAACCUCAGAACCUGCAGUGGAGGUGUGGACUUGAGAAGACAAUGUAAAUGAACAUUAUCAUCAUGGGGGAAGGCCAGACUCGGGCAGGUUACCUCACAGGAUGAGGGAGUUCAGACCUAGCGUGGUCAAAGACAGAAGCCUCCCAUGUGGGAACAAGAAGAAUGAAUGAAGUGAGCCUUAGAAUGUGAGGGAUCAAUUCUGUGACCUCCCAGAACUCACAUGCAGUCUGCAUGUUGGGCUGACCAACACAGUAGACCUUCUAAAAGCAGCUCACUGUAUUGUAAUUUUUUUUCAUUUUUUAUUAAACUUCUGAUUUACCUGA